AUGAUAGGAACCCUCCUUCUAAUCCUCAUCACGAUCUUCAUCCCACCUCUAGGCGUCUUCCUCGUCGCCGGUUGCGGCGCCGAUCUCCUGAUCAACAUCCUCCUCACAUUUCUGGGAGUGCUCCCCGGCCAUGUGCACGCGUUUUACGUCGAAUACGUGUACGUCAAGCGCCGCGAUGAGAUUCGCGCGGGCAUUUACGAUGGCCGACUUGCGCCGGGCGUGUAUAGCCAAAGGGUGCAGAAUGGAGGACAUAGGACGGCGCCGGCGAGGGUAGUCGUGCAGCCGGGCGUGGGAGUGCAACCGGGUGUGGGUGGGGGAGUACCUGCUCAGCAGGGGUAUGGGACGGUGCACUAA